UCGGGAGGGGCUGCCCUGGGGUUUUGGCUGUAGCCCUCCUGUAUGGCUGCCUCAUUUCUCCUCUCCCUCCCAGAGCCCAGCUGCUGUCAUUUUGUGCCCUGCCGAGGAGGCAGGAACUGCAGUGACAGCAGGAGUAGGAGGCAGGAACUGCAGUGACAGCAGGAGUGAGAGGCAGGACAGAGUCGUGGGGCACAGAGAGGGAUGGAGAGGGAGAUGCCAAGACCAGGUGACCAUGAGUCCCAGAGAGGGCUGAGAAGCAGCGUGAGGGGUGGUGAGAGCCUGGAGGAGAGGUGGACAAAACCAAGGAGCAAACAGAGAAGGCUUGUGGGUCACAGAGCCACUCAACCAUGCUGGGAGCAAAGCGACACUGGCCACCAGGUCCCUCACUCAGCCCUUGGCUGACCUUGGCCCUGACACUUAUGGCCCUGAGGACAGGGUGGGCCCAGGAGGGGACAGAGCCAGUCCUCCUGGAAGGUGAGUGCCUGGUGGUCUGUGAGCCCAGCCGAGCUGCGGCAGGGGGGCCAGGGGGAGCAGCCCUGGGAGAGGCACCCCCUGGAAGAGUGGCAUUUGCUGCAGUCCGAAGCCACCACCACGAGCCAGCAGGAGAGAUCGGCAAUGGCACCAGUGGAGCCAUAUACUUCGACCAGGUCCUGGUGAACGAGGGCGGUGGCUUUGACCGGGCCUCAGGCUCCUUCGUGGCCCCUGUCCGGGGCGUCUACAGCUUCCGGUUCCAUGUGGUGAAGGUGUACAACCGCCAGACUGUCCAGGUAAGCCUGAUGCUGAACACAUGGCCUGUCAUCUCGGCCUUUGCCAACGACCCAGACGUGACCCGGGAGGCAGCCACCAGCUCUGUGCUACUGCCCCUGGACCCUGGGGACCGGGUAUCUCUGCGCCUGCGUCGAGGGAACCUGCUGGGUGGCUGGAAAUAUUCAAGCUUCUCUGGCUUCCUCAUUUUCCCACUCUGA